GGAAAGCAUUUUAGUCAAAGAAUAACCCUUAAAAGACACGUUAGAAUUCACACUGGAGAGAAGCCAUUCACAUGCCAGCAGUGUGGAAAGAAUUUCUCUCAGCUUGGAAACCUUGGAGCCCACAUGAGUGUUCACACCGGAGAGAAGCCUUAUAAAUGCCAACAGUGUGGAAGAGGUUUCAACCGAAAAGGAAACCUUCAUUGCCACAUGGCAGUUCACACUGGAGAGAGCAUUUUUACCUGCCAACAGUGUGGAAUAAGUUUCACUCAAAAAGGAAGCCUUAACAGACACAUGAGAAUUCACAAUGGAGAGAAACCUUACUCCUGUUCUCUGAGUGGAAAGAAUUUAGAUCAACAUGGAAGCCUUGAAGUCCACAUGAGAACUCAUAGAGAGAGACCCUACACAUGCUCCGAGUGUGGAAAGAGUUUCUGUCAAAAACGACCCUUUGAAGACCACAUGAGAAUUCACACUGGAGAGCAACCCUACACAUGCCCUCAGUGCGGAAAGAGUUUCAAUCAUAUACGACACUUUGAUGACCACAUAAGAAUUCACACUGGAGAGAAGCCUUUCACCUGCCAACAAUGUGGAAGAAGUUUCAACCGAAUAGGAAGCCGUAACAGGCACAUGAGAAUUCACACUGGAGAGAAGCCGUUUACAUGUGGUCACUGCGGAAAGAGUUUCAGAUAUAAAACAGGCCUUAAGUCCCACAUGAGUUUUCACAUAUGAGAAAACUGUAUUUAUGUCAUCAGUGUGACAUGAGUCAUGUAAUAACACCAGAGAGAAGCCUUUGCUGUGCCAUCACUGUGGAAAGACUUGCAGAAACCAGACAAACUUGAGGUUCACAGAAGCACCCCAAUAUAAUUCAAAAUAGCUGAGCAGUGGAUUUGGGUUUGUUUACACCUGGGUUUAAAAUGUGUUUUGUUUGAUCACAUCACAAAUAGGCAGCCUCCAUAUCACCAUCUCUUCUGUCCACUUUUGACCACUUCUGUCAUUUUUUCAAUGGGAGGGUCAAUAGAUGGGUAAAUGCAUGGGAUCUUUCACAUCUUUAAAUCAAAUCGAUCAAAUGAAUAGAAUAUGUUUGCACAAUUUACAUACUGAAGUGAAGUGACAUUCAGCCAAGUAUGGUGACCCGUGCUCUGCAUUUAACCCAUCCAAAGUGCACACACACUGCAGUGGGCAGCCAUUUAUGCUGCGGUGCCCGGGGAGCAGUUGGGGGUUCGGUGCCUUGCUUAAGGGCACCUCAGUCGUGGUAUUGCUGGUCAGGACUCGAACCCACAACCUUAGGGUUAGGAGUCAAACUCUAACCACUACGCCACGACUUCCCAAGUCGUGGCACGCACUCACUCACGCACUCGUCUCCAUGUGGAGCACCGGCUAUUGUCAGACUGCUUGUGCAUUCAAAAAUCUCACUAGAUUAUUAUUAAAAUGUAAACUGAUAUUUUCUACUGACACAGCAAAAGAUAUAAAUAACUGGCUUAAAACCCUCUUUUGGGGUGAAAAUACUAAUGUGCCUAAGACUUUUGCACAGUACUGUAUAUAAUGAAGAAAUAUUAGUAAGUAGUGCUGGUGAUAGUAAAAAGGAGUUAGUAACUAUUUAGGGGAGGAAUGAAGGGUAUUCAUGUUCAUUUUUCAAGAACUUUUGUAGCCAUAUGAAAGAAAUAAACUGGUUUAAUAAGUGAAGUUGGUAGUGCUGUGUUUGAAUUUAUUUGAAUAAUCAUCCUCUGAUGAUAUCUUGAUAGAUUUAAUGACUUUAAUUUGACAUUGAUUUCAGUGUUACUUUUAACACUAUGUAGUGCAGAUUAUAUAAAAAGUCAUUUAUUUUACUAAGCCAUUUUAUCUAAGCCACGUAGAGCUCCAUGGAAGCUGUUGACAAGUUUGAAAGUGGGUCGCUCAGAUGGGUCCCACAUGGCUGUAGUGGUUAAGAUGAGGCAAAAUAAGUAACUUAAUUAACAGGUCAAACAUAUAAAAAUACACACAGUACCUGCAUUGUAAUACUGACAUAGAUUCACAUGCCAUUUUAGAGAGGUUUUUUUUAUUUAAAAGCUUUCACAGUACAGAUCUUAAAAGUUUUUAAUGAUCUCUUAAUGGUCACAGACUCUGAGGUCUAAAAGCAUAAGUAUGGCAGAACAUCCACAGCUGCAUUUGACACCAUUAUUCACGUCAUUCUGAUGUCUCGGAUUUAGAGUGGUUUAGGUCUUAUCUGUCUGAUAGAAAGUUUUCUGUCCACCUUGAAGAAUUUGUCUCCAUCAUCUCACCUUCCUUGUGGAGUCCCUCAGGGAUCUAUUCUAGGCACAAUGUGAUUUUCCCUUAAUGUGCUUCCACUAGAGUCUAUUCUAAGGAAGUAUGACAUUUUGUUUCAUUGCUAUGCAGAUGACAUACAAUUUUAUAUGCCAUUGAAAUGAAAAGAUAUCAGCUGUUUAAAAUUGUUGUUGGACUGCCUUAAUGGCAUUAAAACUGAGAUGUUUUUUUUUUUUUUUAAAUGAGUAAAACUGAAAUUGUGUUUGGCUUGAAUGGUACCCAUGUGGCUCCUAACACGGGAUUGGAUUCUUUACUUCCUUACUUUAAAUGAUCCAUUAAAAAUGCGGGCGUAAUCUUGGAUAGUGAUUUUAAACGUAAUAAACUUAAUAAAUUCAGUAGCUAA